AUGGAAAUAGUAUCAGUGGUCAUUUUGACCUGCCUUGUUGUGGCAGCAUCAACCACUCCAACAGGACGGGUGCUGGGUGGACAAAAUGCCACCGAGGGACAAUUUCCCCAUCAGGUAUCGCUGAGACGUAAUGGUACACACAGCUGUGGUGGUUCGAUAAUAAGUCCUAACUUUGUUCUCACAGCUGCCCAUUGUGUUGGGACCAUGAAUAGUAAGGUUGAAUAUUAUACCUAUGACCCCGCCGUUUUCACCGUUCGUGCCGGUAGCAAUGACCACUUCCAGGGUGGUGUCCUUGUCAAUGUGACCGAGAUAAUUGCCCACGAAGAUUAUGGUAACUUUUUGAAUGAUGUUGCCUUGCUGCGUUUGGCCGAGCCAUUGAUCUACUCGAAGAACAUAUAACCCAUUCCCUUGGCCACCGCAGAGGUACCAGCUGGUUCUCCAGUGAUUAUUUCCGGUUUUGGACGCCUCCAACAUGGUGGUGAUAUGCCAGAAAAAUUACAGUGGAACACCUUGACUGCCCUUUCGGGCAGUGAAUGUGAGGAGAUGUUUCAUUUAGAUACGGAGGAUGUUAUCUGUUUGGCCCAUGAGGCCAACAAUGGUCUCUGCCAUGGUGAUUUUGGUGGUCCCGCGGUGUAUAAUGGUGAAUUGGUGGGCAUUGCCAGUUUCCUUUUCGGCUUCUGUGGUAAUAGUUAUCACGAUGGUUAUGCCAAGGUUUUCUAUCAUUCUGAGUGGAUUCGAAGGCAUUCAGAUUUAUUAGCUUAUCAAGCAGAAUGGAACGCUUCCAAAAUGGUUGGCCUAAAACUUUGUUGGCUCAUGGCCAUAUUUUUUGCAAUUGGCCUUGUGAAUGGCAAAGAAGAAAAUCGUCUUGUGGGUGGUAAUACGGCUACUGAACGCCAAUUUCCCUAUGCCGUAUCCUUAAGACGUAAUGGCGUUCACACCUGUGGUGGUGUGAUAAUUUCGAGGAAUUACAUUCUGACGGCGGCGCGAUGUGUGGUGAAGAAUUUCGCCAAUAAUGGUAUUGAGAGCUACUCCCCCUCCGAAUAUAAGAUACGUGCCGGUUCCCUCAGCCUCUACGAUCAGGGUAUAUUAGCUGGAAUAUCCGAGAUCAAGGUCCACAGCAAUUAUACCAACAUGCUGAAUGAUGUGGCAUUACUGAAACUUGAAGAACCCCUCAUCUUCUCAGAUUACAUCAAGCCCAUAUCACUACCUUACGAAAGACCCUCUUUAAAAAAACAAAUCUCGGUACCCGGUUGGGGUCUACACAAAACCUCCGGAGAUGUUUCACGUUAUCUGAAAUAUUUGUCCAUGGAAGUUGUUGAUAACAAGGAAUGCCUUUCCUAUCUCUAUGGAGAGGAUGCGGAUGCAAGACUGCUGUGUCUUCAGUUCGGGCUUGGUGGAGGAAUUUGUAGCGGAGAUAUUGGUGGUCCUGCUGUCUAUGACGGGGAGCUGGUGGGUUUGGCUUCCUUUAGCAUUGAACGUUGCGGCAGUGAAUACCCGGAUGGUUUUACAAAUAUUGCUUUCUUCGUGCGAUGGAUUCGGGAGAAUACGGAUUUAAAGUAAUUAUGGAAGUUACGACAUAGCCUUGAAGAUUUUAUGUAAUUAGUGACUCAAUACCAAAAUUUUAUCGUAAUAUUUAAAUUUGUAUUUUCAAAUAAACAAACAAUAACAAUGA